AUGGCGGACACUGGAUGCCAGAGCUGCCUUGCUAGCAUGCAUAUAAUGAAACGACUAGGACUACGCCAGAAAGACCUGCUUCCAGUCACUAUGCGCAUGCAUGCUGCGAACAACAAUGGCAUCGAUAUCAUCGGUGCAGCCAUCGUGAGAUUCUCUGGUCAAUCCAAAGACGGACGAGUGUUGGAGAGCCGUCAAAUUGCUAAAACGGUUUUAUUGGGACGAGGAGAGGAAUCCAAAUCCGUUAUCAUAAAUGAAAUCCACGAGGGCGUUCGCAUCUUUGACAAGACACGUCCCACUUGUCUUGCCACUGAUUGGUCAAAACACGGCAUCGGCUUCUGGCUACUGCAAAAACACUGUGAAUGCCAGUCGACUGGACCACUAUGCUGCCACACCGGGUGGAAGAUCAGCCUGGUCGGCAGCCGCUUCACACAUGCUGCUGAAUCCCGAUAUGCACCGAUAGAAGGGGAGGCACUGGCGGUCGCAGACGCCCUUGACAAAGCCAGGUUCUUCGUGCUCGGUUGCACCAACCUCACAAUCGCCGUAGACCACAAACCCCUGCUCAAACUAUUCGGUGAUCGGACAUUGGAAAACAUCCCAAACCCCCGCCUACGUAAUCUCAAGGAGAAGACACUGAGGUACAGAUUCAAAAUGAUCCAUAUCCCUGGUAUCCGUCACAAAGCCGCCGAUGCGAUCUCCCGCCAUCCCACAGGUCCAGAGAACCCCACCUUGCUCUACCUCCAGGACGACAUAGCAGAGUUGAAGGACACUACCAUACACACCGGCUUUGACGAAACCAUCGCUUCACUCGCUUCCCUAGCACUUACAAACGUCGCCACAACCUGGGACAAGGUACGCAUGGCAACUGCAAGCGACACCACUAUGCACGAUCUCAUGAAUGUCAUUGAAUCUGGCUUUCCAGCUUCACGUAAUGACCUGCCAACACCAUUACAAGAAUACUACCAGUUCCGCCACAGCCUCUACACAGUGGACGGCGUCAUCAUGUACAGAGAUCGUGUGGUUAUCCCACCACUGUUACGCAAAAAUAUCCUGGAAGUUCUACACUCGGCACACCAGGGCAUAUCAUCUAUGACAUCCCGCGCAGAGGACUCAGUCUUCUGGCCGGGAAUCACCUCAGAUAUUGCAGCAAUGCACCGUUACUCUAACUGGCCUAUUAUCGAACGAGCCAAAGACGGUUGCGACGGACUAAUCAAUUGCCUACGUCGCGUCUUCACCACCUUUGGGAUCCCAGACGAAUGCGCUACUGACGGCGGACCAGAAUUCACCGCCGUCAAAACACGGCAGUUCCUCAAACAAUGGGGAGUACACCACCGCCUCGCCUCCGUUGCAUUCCCGCACUCAAAUUGCCGCGCGGAGGUUGCCGUUAAAACUGUGAAACGCCUCAUCACGAACAAUACCGGCCCCACUGGUAGCCUCAACACAAACGCCUUACAAAUUGCUGUUCUACAAUAUCGUAACACGCCUGAUACCGACACGAAAUUAUCACCGGCCCAAUGCGUCUUCGGUAGACCCAUUAAGGAUUUCAUACCAAUUUUCCCCGGCCGUUAUAGGCCACACGUCACCUGGAGGGAAACACUCAAUGCUCGCGAGGAGGCUUUACGAAACCGGCACAUGAGAGCGGCGGAACGUUGGUCAGAACACACAAGAAGAUUACCACCUCUGUCCAUUGGACAUCACGUAAGAAUACAGAACCAAACAGGACCGUACCCUACGAAAUGGGACAAGACUGGAACAGUCAUCGAAGUCCUUCAACACGAUCAAUACCGCGUCAAAGUCGACGGGUCCAACAGAAUUACACUAAGAAACAGAAAAUUUCUGCGGCAAUUCACACCUGUACAAGAGCAGUUACCCAAAAAUACUAUUGAUACGGACCUGCUGCUGAUACCAAAAGUCUCAACGGAGAACCUUACUCCCAACAAAAUGACAGCCAGCAGAAAACAAACACCGUCAUUACCAUGUCUAAGACCGGCGACACAGACUGACACCCCGGAGCCAGCACCACUACCGAGCACAUAUACCGCAGAUGGAACUCCACCAAACGCAACCAAAAUACCUGAAGAUGCCAGUGAACCUACACCAGCGACCACAAAGCCAAGCAAGAAAGCACCACUAGCUCUACGCAGAUUACUCGAUUUCAACAAGAAAGGGCUGUUAGAAAAUUGA